UUUCAGGAUUGUUAAGCGAGUUCAUCGACCCUUCCUGAACGAAUAGUAAAAUCCAGUGGAGUCGACGACACGUUUCAUGUAGAGAUAGACACGCGCACAUUCGUACGAUAACGGACACACGCUUAUUCUUAGGAAAGUAUGCCGUGACCUCGAACAAGGUCCCGUUAUCCAAGGCAAAGCCUUGAUCGUCUUCGUCCUCAGUCUUGACUCGGUAGUCAAGCAAAGAUGCUACUUCCUAUUCUUGCUUGUUUAAGCCUCUUAAUUGGUCACCGUGAAUUUGUUCCAACGAACAAUGGAAUUAUCAUAGGGACAACAACUAUUUUUGGACUUGUCACGUUACCUUAUGGUUUUGCUGCUGGACCUAGAUAUGUUCCAAAAUGGAAGAAACAAGCUUGUGAGAUUCCAGCGUCUCAGCAUCCAAAUUCUCAUUACGUUUGUGACGAAGCUGGUGAAGUGAAAUGUUUGUUAGGUUGGACCGGUGAUCUUUGUGAUGUACCAAUCUGUCGAAAAGGCUGCGAUCCCCUUCAAGGUUUUUGUCGACGUCCAGGUGAAUGCAGGUGCAAGAUCGGAUUCUAUGGUGAGCUAUGCGACAAAUGUGUGGCUCUACCUGGUUGCCAGCAUGGAAGGUGUAACGUGAGUUUCGAAUGUGCCUGUGAUCCCGGAUGGAAAGGAUUGUUCUGUUCCGAACCGAUCUGUGCUCAGGAUUGUUUAUCGAGUCAAGGAUAUUGUAACAAGCCAGGAGAAUGCAGGUGCCGGUUAGGCUGGCAAGGACCAAAAUGCAAACAGUGCGCUGUUUUACCAGGAUGCGUUCAUGGAACUUGUCAAGGGCCAUUGGAGUGUCGAUGUGAGCCUGGCUGGACUGGAUUAUUGUGUCAGACUCCCAUCUGCGCGCCAGGAUGUAGCAAGGAACACGGUGGAUGUCGUCGACCUGAUACCUGCAGAUGUCGUGUCGGCUGGACAGGUAAAAAUUGUACCGAAUGCGUACCAUAUCCAGGAUGUAUGCACGGUUCCUGUAAAAGACCAUGGGAAUGUAGAUGCGAAUCUGGUUGGUCCAGUGAUCUUUGCGACGAGAAAUUAACUUAUUGCGAGGAUCAUUCUGAUAUCUGUCGAAAUAACGGGACUUGUGUCAGCAUGACACCGGAAGACGGUGAUUACAGGUGUAUUUGUCCGAUCGGUUACAUUGGCCGUCAAUGUCAAAUUAAAACGACGGUACCGUCUACCGAGUUGACACCUCCCAUGCCGGAUCCCGGAUCAGAUUUAUCAAUCGAUCCGCAAAGAGUAUCGGUCAAGCCUGAAACUGUUGAAAAUGGAAAUGUCAGUGAGGAAAUGGAAACUGCCGAACCGCUAGGCCCUAUAGUGAUCACCGAUCCACCUUCGACCAUUGAUCCUUCGGCAACAGCAGGAAAAUGGCCGACUGAGUCACCAACCUAUUCACCAUCCAUCGAAGACGAUGAAGAAAACGAGACGUGAAAUGCAAUACUUUUGCCUCUUUAUUUAUUUAUUUAUUUAUUUAUUUAUUCUUUUAUUUAAUCAUUCAUUCUCAUGAUUGCACACGCAUACAUAUUUAGAUAUUAUUUAGCUAUAUCCGAUGUACCUACAUAUCUAUAUAUAAAAUGAAAGUUAUAUCAAUUGACGUGGGUAAACGAUAAUACGAUAUAAGCUUUGUUCGAAUAACUGUUCGGUAAACUGCGUGGGCGACGUGAGAGAGAUCGUUCGAAGAUUUUCCGCGUCCGCAAUCGCUUUCUCAAAAUUCGCUUGCAUCGCGGACCAUGAUCGUUACUUUAUCUUCGACGGCUAGGUUGUAAAUGGUACAUACAUGUACGGUAUUCAAAGGAGUACAACGCGCUGCAACGUUCGUCGUCACGCUUCAACGAUCACGCUCUGCCGAUUUAGCGAUACGUACAUAGUCAACUAUAGCUAUAGGGUGGUACAUUUCAAUGAAUAUACUUCAGUAUUUUAUUCUAUUCGUCAAAUUUAAAAUGGUCAUUUGGAAUAGUCAAGAAGAAAUUUGUACUUUUUAAAAUUUGUCAUA